AUGAAUAGGAUCAGAUUUCUAGAUGUUGCUAGUGCCAUCACAAUAAUUUUGUUGUUAGUCAUUGCAGACCAAGCGAACGCCAUUGACGUUACUGGCGAGUGUUUUGGACCGUGCAAUGACAAUUGCGAGUCGACUUGCAAGAAGAAU